AUACUGCGACAUGUCGCCGACCAGUUGGGAUACGAUUCUGAAGAGCAGCUAGAAGACUUGUACGAAAGAACUGCUUGGCAUUUUGAUAGAAAAUUAAAGAAAAAGGCAGCCGCAUUCGAUGUAUUCAAAAAAGCAAUCACUGACCCGAGUGUCUUGGAUGAGUGCGACAUAGCGGCUGAAGUCCGUGAGAAACUUCUUGAAGACAUUAGGAAAAAAUUGACUCCGCAAGCGGUCAAAAUUCGAGCAGACAUCGAAGUCUCAUGUUUUUCAUAUGACGGCAUCGGUGCUGUAAAAGAAGCACUGAUCAAAGGACAGAAAUGCUCAACUUCGGAAAUGCCCAUUAAGAUGGUGUAA